AUGCCCUUUGGACUUACCAACGCCCCAGCUGCAUUCCAACAUCUCAUGAACAACUUGUUUAGGGACCUUAUUGACGUUACCGUGGUUAUCUACUUGGACAAUAUCCUGAUCUUUUUGGAAAAACCAGAGGAACACCCUAACCACGUAAGGGAAGUCCUGUCCAGACUCUUGAAAAAUCAGCUAUUCUGCAAACUGUUGAAAUGCCAUUUCCACGUCACCACAGUAGAUUACUUGGGGAUUGUCAUAUCUCCGGCUGGAUUUUCCAUGGAUCAAAAGAAAGUUGAAGCUGUCACAUCAUGGCCCACGCCUAGAACGGUCAAGCAGGUUCAAGCAUUCUUAGGCUUUGUAAACUACCUCCGCCAAUUCAUUCCAAACUUCAGUUUGGUGGCUCAACCACUCCACAACCUCACAAAGAAGGAAAGCCCUUGGUCAUGGGGCAGCCUGGAAGAAGAUGCGUUCCAAGAACUGAAAUCCCUGGUAAUCAGAGCACCGGUCCUUAUCCACUCCAACCCCAAUCUGCCUUACUAUCUUGAGACAGACGCAUCAGGGGUAGCUAUGGGGGCAAUACUGAGCCAACAAGGGGAGGACAAUUGCUUACAUCCAGUUGCAUAUAUGUCUAAGUCAUUCUUGGGAGCAGAAGCUAAUUAUGACACACACAACAAGGAGCUUCUUGCAAUCAUCAAAGCCCUAGAAGAAUGGCAAAUCCUCCUAGAAGCAAUGGAUAAACCAGUACAAGUGUUCACCAAUCAUUGUAACUUGGAAUACUGGAUGCAAGCCCAAACGUUCAACCACAGGCACACCCAAUGGCGCAUAUUCCUGAGCAACUUCAACUUUGAAAUCCACUAUCACCCAGAGGGGUAG